UUUCCCGGAAAAUUCUACUUUUGCCCAUCGUUUAAGAAAAUUGAUUUUGGUGACAACCAAAUCAUUAAAACCGUCAACAACGCCCGUUUUUAUUUUCUUUUGACUUUUAUUUUAUCAAUCCUUUCAAACUCGACAUUUUAAAUACCGAGUUCUAAAUCUGUCCUCUGCAAAAAAAUCAUUUUUGGGUUUUAGACUUCAGAUUGUUACUUUUGCUGUUUGUUUGUUGGCAUUGAAACAAACUUUGAAAAUGGUGGGAUCGGAGCCUGAGAAAAAGAAAAGAAACAGCGAGGGAAAGCAAUGGAGAUGGGUGGUAAUUGGUGCUAUAAUUGCUUUGAUUUUUGCUUUUACUACAGCUUCUAUCACUACCCCAAAUAUUAAUCUUUUUGGACAACCCAAUGAGUCUUGUAGCUGCCCUCAGAAGUAUAGUGGGAUGGUGGAAGAUUGUUGUUGUGAUUAUGAGACAGUAGACCGUCUUAAUGAAGAAGUGUUGCAUCCAUCUCUCCAAGACCUUGUGAAAACCCCAUUUUUCCGAUAUUUUAAGGUUAAAUUAUGGUGUGACUGCCCUUUCUGGCCUGAUGAUGGCAUGUGCCGGUUGAGGGAUUGCAGUGUUUGUGAAUGCCCAGAAGGUGAGUUCCCAGAAUCAUUCAGGACACCAUUCCGUGGUGGCCUUCCAUCAGAUAAUCUUUUAUGUCAAGAAGGAAAACCUCAGGCUGCUGUUGAUCGUACCCUGGAUAGUAAAGCAUUUAGGGGAUGGACAGAAAUAGACAAUCCUUGGACAAAUGAUGAUGAGACUGACAAUGCUGAAAUGACAUAUGUGAAUCUUCAACUGAACCCUGAACGAUAUACUGGGUACACUGGUCCAUCAGCUAGAAGAAUAUGGGAUGCUGUUUACUCAGAGAACUGCCCCAGAUACCCAUCUGAAGAGUUGUGCCAAGAGGAAAGGAUAUUGUACAAGUUGAUAUCUGGUCUUCACUCCUCUAUUUCAAUCCAUAUAGCUGCAGAUUAUCUACUUGACGAAUCCAAAAACUUGUGGGGACAAAAUCUUACAUUGAUGUAUGAUCGGGUUUUGAGAUACCCUGAUCGCGUUCGAAACUUGUACUUUUCAUUCCUCUUUGUUCUCCGAGCUGUGACAAAGGCUGCUGAGUACUUGGAACAAGCUGAAUACGACACUGGUAACCCUACUGAAGACCUCCGGACACAUUCGUUGAUGAGACAGCUGCUUUACAAUUCAAAACUUCAAGCAGCAUGUCCCCUCCCAUUUGACGAGGCUAAGUUGUGGAAAGGCCAACGUGGACCUGAACUGAAGCAGAAGAUUCAAGAACGAUUUCGGAACAUUAGUGCUUUGAUGGACUGUGUAGGUUGCGAGAAGUGUCGACUGUGGGGAAAGCUUCAGGUUCUUGGUCUUGGUACCGCAUUGAAAAUCCUCUUCUCUGAUAAUGGCCGGGAGCACUUGGGUCAGACUCUGCAGUUACAACGGAAUGAAGUGAUUGCCUUGAUGAAUCUACUCAAUCGACUAUCUGAAUCUGUCAAACUUGUGCCUGAGAUGGGACCUGCCGUUGAAUUGAGCAUUGGACAGAUCUCUUCACCAUUUUCUCCAAGUAAUCUAUGGCAAAGAGUAUGGGGAUUGUUAUUUAAAUCAUAGCAAACAUGAACUUGCUGAUGGGAACACAACUUCGGAGCAAAACACACUUGAAAGAUAGAUUAGGAAGCUAAGCGUUUAAAAGAAGAAUUCCAUAGACAGGAUAUAACACAACCAUGUAGAGGCGUACUUUUUUAAGAAAUACAACGGUGGCCGAUUGCAAUUAUUUUCUUUUUGUAAGAAGGUAUAAACAUUGAAUGUUAGCGUUGAACAUUUUUGUACUUCUCAUUCAAAAUGAAAAAAGAAAAAUAAAAUGUUCAGAUAA